AUAAGCUCCCUUCAACAUCACCGAUUCCGAAUAACUCAACAAUUCAUACUUAUUAGAUAUACCGACUCCUACUGAGCUGAUCGCUAACAGGUCUUUUAGACGUAACAGCAACAUGGCGCCACGCACGCAAUUGGAGAUCAUUACUUCGUCUGUCUUGCGCCUGGUUAAGGAAGAAGCAUCUUACCACCGCGAAUUACAGGAACAGACAGAGCGCAUUAGGAAACUAGAGAGUCAACAGGGUGGUGAUGAGAACAAAGAGUAUAUGUUGAGGCAGGAGCGUCUUGCGCUCGAAGAAACCAAGAAGGUUCUCCCAAGCUUGAAACAGAAGCUCGAAGAAUCGAUAGCGAAGCUUCAGAGUCUCCUGACCGAGGAGGGCAAGAAAGGACCUGAGAGCAACGUCGAGCAUAUCAAUGCUGCCAAGGACGCUAUAUCAAAGGCCAGGACGGCUGAGAGAGAGAUCGCUUGAGGGCCAUCAGCUGGGGGGUCAAUUGGACAUCAGUGCAAUGCAUAUGCUACCAUGCUAAUGAUACAACCACCUAAUGUCAAAUGAAAAGAAAAAAAUUAUAAAUCACGAGAAA